CAUAAAUAUAUGUAUAUCUUUCUUUCUAUUUAAUUUCCUCUGUCUUGUUUAUACAUAUAUAUAUACUGGAUAUAUGCGCAUACCUAUGCCAUAUACUGUAUAUGUAUAUAUAUAUAAGAAAAUGAGUAUAAACCCUAGAAUAUACCAUUAUGAUGUGUACACUAUACAUUUUCGAUAUUAAAAUAAGAACUUCUCUCUAAACGAAGAGUACGUACUGUAUGUAUCAGCUUUUGCAAGUGCAUUUAGUCGUGUUUCAUAGACAGAAAAAAAAAAUUAAUAUAUCUAUAUAAACAUAUUGUUUAUAUGUAUUUGUUUGUAUAGAUAUGCUGUUUAUAUAUAUAUCCACAUAUACAAUGUAUUAGUAUAUAUUUUCCUCGGGAUGGGAAAAGUAUAUACUAGAAUAUACGUGUAUAUAUAUAUAUAAUUACAGACUUUCUUUAUAUAUUUAGUAAACCUAUCAUAUAUGCAUACAGAAUGUACACUACCGAUAUAAAGGAGUAUAGGAUAGCUAUAAACGAAUUAUACACGAUCGCAAUAAGUUCGAUAUCAGGAAAGAUAGUCCAUAAAUAGGUAAUUUUAAUAGAGAGUAUAGUGUCUACAUCUAUUUUUUAAUGAAAUAUACGGUAUGUAUUUAUAAAUUUAUACCCAAAUAUGUAUGUUAGCCUAUAUAUAAGAUUAUCGAUUUUUCCUUUCACAAUUUCCUCAUAUUUAUUGCACGAUCUGUUUCAUAAAGGGAUAGAAGAGUAUACAUUUUUAUAUAAAUUAUUAGAUUACGUGCAAGAAAAUUUAUUCUUGCAACAAGCAUUUAUGCUAAGCCAAUUAAUAACUAUAAAUAUUCAUAUAUGCGCAUAUGCACAUAUUUCAUUUGCAUAUAUAAGAACAAUUUUUUGGGUUGAUAAUUAUAAAGAAUUAAAGGAAUUGCUUUUCUAUAUAUAUGUAAUGCCGUUGUGUAAAAAUACGAAUAAAGUAAAUAUACUAACUUAGAGGAAUUAUUAUUAUAUACAUAAGGACAUUAUUUUAUGAAACACACUACCUUCCGAAUAGAUAGAGGGUACUAUAAAUUAUGUAUUAUGAUUGCUAUAUGUUCACUAAAACAUCCUUUGCAGACAAUGCUUGCUGCGAAACGUAAUUCGAAUUUGCGUUCGACGUUCGCCGCCAGGGCAUCUUUAUUCGAUGAGGAACUGGUGAGUGGUAAAAUAAUAGGGAAACGGGAGGGAAAAUAAAAGGAUAGCGAAGGGUUUUUGGGGGUUAAGAGUGAUGAAAAUAUUUUGUGGUAUGCGACAGCACGAGUAGCGGUUAUCUGCAUGUAUAAUUUUCUUCCACCACUCCGAUUUAUGUACCGGGAGCCAAUUCGACGAAUUAAGUCGGAGCGACUACAGGGAAUUUGGUCGUUCUCUUUUCAUAUCGAUUAUACGAAUAGGUCGACUAGAAUAUAUUUCCGCCUUUUUCUCUAAACGCGCGCCUCGCUUAGCAACCUAUUUUGAUUUUUGUCGACACCUCAGCCGGAAAUCGAUUAAACAUUUAGGAGGCGAGAAAAAAUUACACAUUGGACUUUUUUCGUAUAUUAUUUUCUGUCGCAUUUACAUUAUUCUACUCACAUUACGCCCAUUCCCUAACGGAUGGUAGUAGUACCAAUCUAUGUGUUUACUCUCUUUUUCCUUUAUAUCUAAGCGUUAUGAAAUAUAAAUGUCGAUUGUUUACAAAAACUCAUUUCGUGAUGUUUACGAAACGAAAGUAGACUUUGAGUAGUUUUUAACUCUUUACAAAACGCGAUUAACGUCAGUGUCUCAUCAGUACAAGAACGCGCUUGUAAACAUUCAAUAAUGUAUCAAAGAUGACAAAGGAGCACGCGCUGUUACCUUGUACCUUUUGGAAUACAUAUUUACACUGUAAUGAAUACUUGUAUAUACAGAAAUCUCACGUCUACAAAAAGACGCUUCAAGCGUUAAUCUAUCCGAUUUCAUCUAGUACCCCGCAUAACUUCCACAUUUGGACAGCUACUUCUCCGACCUUUUGCUUCGAAUGCGGUGGUUUGCUUUGGGGUUUGGCUAGGCAAGGGUUGCGUUGUAGCGAAUGUAACGUCAAAUGUCACGAACGAUGUAAAGACCUUCUUAACGCCGAUUGCCUCCAAAGAGCGGCCCAAAAGAGCUCGAAGCACGGCUGUGAAGAUCGGACCCAGAAUCUGAUUACUGCAAUGAAAGAGCGUAUGGACGAAAGGGAACGCAACAAUCCGGAAAUAUUUGAAUUGAUGCGGUAUAGAAAUUUAGAAUAGAAUUCUUUCUUCCUUUCUUCUUUAGUUUCUUUUCUAUUGAGUAUAUUAUAUAGUUGAUCAAUGAUCGUUGAUCGUUUCGAUUUGUAUAUACAGCAAAUUGUUUGGUAUGGAUGAAAAAAUUCAUGUCGGCCACAUGAAAGCUAUCAAGCAAAAUGUACUAGACGGAACUUCAAAGUGGUCUGCUAAAAUUACUAUCACAGUAAUUAGCGCUCAAGGGCUAAUUGGCAAGGACAAAACGGGAACAAGCGACCCCUAUGUAACGGUUCAAGUUGGUAAGAUAAGGAAGAGAACAAGGACUGUUGCUCAAAAUUUAAAUCCGAUCUGGAACGAGAAGUUUUACUUCGAAUGCCAUAACUCCUCAGACCGUAUCAAGAUACGAGUAUGGGAUGAAGAUAAUGAUUUAAAAUCGAAAUUGAGGCAGAAAUUAACAAGGGAAUCGGAUGAUUUUCUGGGUCAGACUAUAGUGGACGUUAGGACUUUAUCGGGUGAAAUGGAUGUCUGGUAUAAUUUAGAAAAACGGACGGAUAAGUCGGCUGUAUCCGGAUCGAUUCGUUUACAGUUGAGCGUUGCGAUAAAAGGCGAAGAGAACGCGGCUCCAUAUCACGUCCAAUACACGUGCCUUCAUCAGAAUCUCUUCCAUUACCUGAAUGAACUUAACUCUGGUGUCGUUCGUUUACCUAAAGCGAAAGGUGAUGGUGCUUGGAAAAUAUACUUUGAGGAACCUGCUCAAGAGGUUAUAGACGAAUUUUCUAUGAGAUACGGAAUCGAAUCGAUUUAUCAAGCUAUGACCCACUUCAGUUGCUUAUCGACCAAGUACACGUCGACGGGCGUUCCAGCAGUUCUCUCGACGCUCUUGGCCCAAAUUAACUCUUUUUACGUACACAAUUCGGUUUCCGAUCGUUUUGCCGCUUCUAAUUUUGGUAAAGAAAAGUUCAUAAAGCUUUUAGAUCAAUUACACAACUCCGUCCGAAUUGACUUAUCAGUUUAUCGGAAUACGUUUCCUGCAUCCGACCGUGCGAGGCUAGCAGAUUUGAAGUCUAUAGUGGAUCUCUUAACUUCCAUCUCAUUCUUCCGUCUUAAAGUCCAGCGUAUAGCUCUUGCUGACAGAGCAUCCGUAGUAGUUACAGAAUGUGUCAAAGCUUGCGCAAAGUCUACAUAUCAAUUCCUUUUCGAUAAUUGCUUUGAUUUGUAUCAUCGAGAGAGGUCGGAGAGCGUAGAGGAUGAUGACGACAGCAAAAACGGCCCAAGCGGCAAAACUUUAUUCUUCUGGAACAAAUUAAUAUCUUUGAUAGUAGCAGUUAUCGAAGAAGAUAGACAGGUUUACUCAAAAGCCGUUUGUCAGUUCCCACAUGAAUUAAACGUAGGUCAAGUAUCGGCCAACGCGAUUUGGCAACUAUUCUCGCAGGAUGUCAAAUUUGCCCUCGAGCAGCACGUGAUGGAGAAUCAACCCUGCAAAUCUAGCGACUACAUGAACUUGCACUUUAAGGUUAAAGGACUUUUUUCAGUAUAUGUAGAUCCAAAUAAUCAGUCUAAAACUGUAUUGGACUACCCCUUGUGGUUCGAACCUUUCGUUCUUAAAUGGUUAGAUGAGAGUGAAGAAAAUUCCACUGGUGUAGUCAGAGCGGCGUAUCGAAGAGAUAAGACAGAGGGAUUUCAAAAAACAUCGGAUAUUGUUCUCUUUUCCUGUUCUGUAACGGAUAUAUUCACUCAGCUUAAUCAGUGCUUUAGCGUAAUCAACAAACUGGAUUGCCCUCAUCCCCAAGUCGAAGCGAGAUAUAUGCGAAAAUUUUCCCAAACCGUUUGCAAAGUUCUAUUAGGAUAUACUCAAUCUCUUAAAGCUGAUUUUGACCAUUUUGCCAAUCAGCAGAGGGUUGCUUGUACAUUAAUCAAUAACAUACAGCAAUUGAGAAUACAAUUAGAAAAGUUAUUUGGCUUAAUGGGCGGCGUUAAUUUGGAUGACAGCGUUAAGGCUUCCCUGACUAAUUUGCAGCAAUAUCUGAAUGGUGUUAUUGACGAACUAGCUGUUAAAUUUACCAGAACAAUGCAAGGGGCUGUUGAAAAGUCGAUAAGGGAGGUUGGAAUAGAACUGGAAAAAGUUAAAGGAUUAAAGGCCAUGCGUACGCAAGCUCAACAUGAAGUAGAUGUUGUACUCAGACCCUUGAUAGAAGUGCUGGACUCUUACUUAUCGGCUUUUACUGAUCUUUGUGAAAAGACUGUGUUCAAGAGGAUAUUGAAAGAGUUAUGGAGGAUUGUUGUAUUCUCGCUAGAGAAAACAAUCGUUCUCCCACCCGUCUCAGAGCCUAAGCAGAAUUUCCCCACCCCGUCAAACGCUCAAACAAAAUUAGAAGAUGUCUCUCGCUCUAUUAUACGCAAUGUCACUCAACAGGCGUCCAGAAUGUCUAUAUCCAUUAUUCAGGAAUUGGCGGCUGACUUCCAAAAUACCUUAUCCCCGAAGCAGUGUUCCGUUGUAGAAAUGGCUCUGAAAACUGUAAAGGAUUACUUUCACGCGAAUGGACAAGGUCUUAAGAAGACCUUUCUGGAAAAAUCCCCAGAAUUGAAGUCUUUAAAAUACGCUCUCAGCCUGUACUCCCAAACUACCGACGCGUUAUUGAAAACUUUCGUUGCUACUCAGGCCAAUCAGGUUUUAAUACGCGAAGAAGAAGAGGAAGAGGAAUUAAUGGGUGAAAUUUCUAUCCAUAUCGACCUUCUAACACAUCCAGGAACGGGGGAAAGGAAGGUAGCCAUUAAAGUUGUUGCAGCUAACGGUCUGAAGUGGAGAUCAUCCGGUGUGUUUAAACCUUUCGUUCAGAUUAACCUAAUUGGGCCUUUUCUAUCGAACAAAAGGCGUAAGGUAGCUACAAAGAGUAAAGCAAAUUGUUGGACACCUAAAUUUGAUGAAAAAUUUCACUUCGUCGUCGGUAAUGAAGAGGAUUUAGAAUCGUACGAACUGCAGAUUACUGUAAAAGACUAUUGUUUUGCAAGGGAAGAUCGGAUUAUUGGAGUUGGUGUUUUACAAUUAAAAGAUAUAGUUGAACAAGGCUCCUGCGCUCUGUGGUGUUCCCUAGGUAGAAGAAUAUCACUAAACGAUACCGGUUGGACAAUUUUACGAAUUCUAGCACAGAGAACUAGCGACGAAGUGGCUCAGGAAAUAGUAAAGUUAAAAACUGAAAUAAGACAUAGUGAAGAAAUAACUUAGAUGCGCCAUCUUUCGUUGUAAACCUGCAUAAGAAAAACAAACUACAUGCAUUAUAAAAAAUAAAAAAUACUGCAUGUUUUGUUUUUUUAUUAGUUUUUUUUUACCUGAGGUAGCUAGCUAAUUAAAUCUUUUCCUCAACCUUUUAUGCAAAAAAUGCUUAAUUCAUUGAAGUAAUUUGGUGCUAUCUGUUGUUUUCUUACCAU